UUCCUUUGGUCAGACUGCGAUUUUGGUCGGAUAGAAGAAUUAGAUUCAUCUGAUUGUGGAGGGAAUCGGAGAGUGAGGUAACGGGCAUGGAAGCCACUGAUCCAAGCGCAGAGCUCGAGCUCUACAGCAUCCCUGCUCAAUCCAGUUGGUUCUUGUGGGAUGAUAUACACGAUAUUGAACGACGCGAAUUUGACGAGUUCUUCAGUGAGAGCUCAAUCACUAGAACCCCCAAAGUUUACAAGGAGUACAGAGAUUUCAUCAUCAAUAAGUUUAGAGAGGACACUUCUAGGAGCCUCACCUUCACCAGUAUCCGCAAGUUUCUAGUCGGCGAUGUCAAUUUGCUUCAAAAAGUGUUUCUCUUCCUCGACAAGUGGGGAUUGAUCAAUUUCUCCCCUUCCCUUAAGAAAAAUGAUAGUUCAUCGUUGGUGGAUAAUGCUAAAAUCGAACAAGGGACCCCAGCUGGUAUUCGAGUUUCUGCAGCCCCUAAUUCUUUGAGGCCUAUUACCGCUCCGCCCCUUGUUGAGGAAAGAACUGAGAGCGGCAUCAAACUACCACCGCUUACCUCUUAUUCAGAUGUUUUCAGCGAUUUGAAGAAGCCGGAUGAUGUGUUGGUUUGUGGACAUUGUGGAGAACGUUGUGAUUCUUCCUUCUAUCAACAUAAUAAGAGUAUUGUCAACAUAUGUGAAAAGUGUUUCAAGAAUGGCAACUAUGGGGAGAACAACACUGCAGAUGAUUUUAAGUUGAUUGGGAUUUCAGCUGCAGCUGUGUGGACCGAGGAAGAAACACUCCUCUUGCUAGAAUCUGUGCUGAAACAUGGAGACGAUUGGGAACUCAUUGCACAAAGUGUUUCGACAAAGAGCAGACUAGAUUGCAUUUCAAAACUCAUUGAGCUCCCGUUUGGGGAGUUUCUGAUGGGUUCUACCUCUGGAAGACUCAAUUCCUCUAUCCCCACCGAGGAUGAAGACACGGAACAGGUGAAAACUGAUUGUCAAGAACAUCAGGAAACAGAGAUGAGGGAGGAAAAGGAAGAUGAGCCUCCAGUUAAAAGGAAACGUGUUGCACUGAUAUCAGAUGGUGAUAGUUCACUUAUGAAACAGGUUGCUACUAUGGCAAGUAAAGUUGGUCCAUCUGUCGCAACUGCUGCUGCAAAAGCUGCAAUUGCAGCUCUUUGUGAUGAAGCCUCAUGUCCAAAAGAGAUUUUUGACUCUGGUGAUGAUUACACCAGUUCCACAGUUGACAGAGCUGAUGGAGACAAAGAUACGGAUAUGGAGGAAGAGAGAGAAGAGAAAGACGGGCCUCAGGGUCUACCUGUAGCUCUGAGGAUAAGAGCGUCUGUGGCAACAGCUCUAGGAGCUGCAGCUGCUCAGGCGAAAAUACUGGCUGAUCAAGAAGAAAGAGAAAUGGAAGAACUAGCUGCGAGUGUAAUAGACCAACAGCGGAAGAAAGUGCAGAGUAAGUUGAAGUUUCUGGACCAGCUGGAAAUGAUAAUGGAUGCGGAAGAGGAAGUGAUAGAAGGAGGAAAGGAAACAAUCCUCCAAGAGAGGAUAAGCGUUUUGCAAUGUGCGUUUAGUAGUGGUGUAACCAAACGUUGGGAUCAUACGUACGUAAAAUGAUCUGCUUCCCUCGCUUAUUGUAACUCUUGGGGAUAGAUUUGUUAUCUCCGUAUGAACAAUGGUGUUGUUUGUUUUUGUUGACUUUUGUUAGCUAAUAGAGUAGUAGAAGCAUCAUCGCUUGCCAAAA